AUGGAAGACAGUCCUGUUUCCUAUGGCUUUAAAAACAUUUUUAUUACAAUGUUUGCUACUUUUUUUUUCUUCAAACUUUUAAUUAAAGUUUGUUUGGCUCUCCUAACUCACUUCUAUAUCGUCAAAGGAAAUAGAAAAGAAGCGGCUAGGAUAGCAGAAGAGAUCUAUGGUGGAAUUCCAGAUUGCUGGGCUGACCGAUCCCCACUUCAUGAAGCUGCGGCCCAGGGGCGCUUACUGGCCCUGAAAACUUUAAUUGCACAGGGUGUCAACGUGAACCUCGUGACCAUUAACCGGGUCUCUUCGCUCCACGAGGCGUGCCUUGGAGGCCACGUAGCCUGCGCUAAAGCCUUAUUGGAAAAGGGCGCGCACGUCAACGGAGUGACGGUUCACGGGGCCACGCCCCUGUUCAAUGCGUGCUGGAGUGGCAGUGCUGCGUGUGUCAACGUGCUGCUGGAGUUUGGAGCCAAGGCCCAGCCGGAGGCACACUUGGCUUCACCCAUCCACGAGGCAGUCAAGAGAGGUCAUAGAGAGUGCAUGGAGAUCCUGCUGGCAAAUAACGUUAACAUUGACCAAGAACUGCCUCAGCUUGGAACUCCCCUGUAUGUGGCCUGCACCUACCAAAGGGUAGACUGUGUGAAGAAACUUCUAGAAUUAGGAGCCAGUGUGGACCGCGGCCAACGUCUGGACACUCCCCUGCAUGCGGCGGCGAGGCAGUCCAGCGUGGAAGUCAUCCACCUGCUAGCUGACUACGGGGCUCCCCUAAAGCGCAGGAACGCCGGGGGCAAAAGCGCGCUGGAUCUGGCCGCUCCCAACAGCAGCGUGGAGCAGGCACUCCUGCUCCGGGAAGGCCCACCUGCUCUUUCCCAGCUCUGCCGCCUGUGUGUUCGGAAGUGCUUGGGUCGAGCAUGUCAUCAAACCAUCCGUGAACUCCAUCUGCCGGAGCUGCUGGAAAGAUUCCUGCUAUACCGGUAG